GUGACACGGUUCGCUUGAGUUGUUCAUUCAUGAUAGUCCUUUGUAGUUGCGCUCAGAUAAAAUCCUGAAAUGAAUGAUAAGUUCUUGGCACAUAUUGCAGGUUCAUCAAGGAUUCCGACAGCUGCAAUAGUUGCCGCAGUUUGUAUCGCAGGUCUGGCCAUAAUAUCAGUUCCAAUCAUCUAUUGCCUCAGAAGUCAAGGGUCAUCCUGUAAGUCACUGAUUUGCUGGAAGAUUGAAUCACAAGAUCACAAAAUUGAAGAAUUUAUGAGAAAUUACGGAUCUCAUGCUCCAAAGAUGUACAGCUAUUCAGAUCUAAAGAAAAUAACAAGCUCAUUCAGCCAUAAAAUAGGACAGGGAGGAUUUGGUCAGGUAUACAAAGGAAAACUACCUGAUAGUCGCGCAGUAGCUGUAAAGGUCCUGACAGAAACUAAUGGUGACGGAGAAGAAUAUAUAAAUGAGGUAGCCAGUAUAAGUAGAACUUCCCAUGUUAACAUAGUAGGGCUUUUGGGAUUUUGUUACCAAGGAAAUAGGAGAGCCUUAAUCUAUGAGUACGUGUCCAAUGGUUCACUGGACAAAUUUCUUAACAGUGGACCAUCUAGCACAACUUGUACCUUGGAAUGGACGACAUUGUACAGUAUCGCAGUUGGGACUGCUCGAGGUUUGGAAUAUUUGCACCGAGGUUGUAACACAAGAAUAGUGCACUUUGACAUAAAACCUCACAACAUUCUCUUGGACGAGGAUUUCUGCCCCAAAAUAUCUGACUUUGGCCUCUCUAGAUUGUGCGAGAGAAAGGAGAGCAUUCUAUCAAUGUUAGGUGCCAGGGGAACUGCUGGAUACAUUGCUCCAGAAGUGUUCUCUAGAGCGUUUGGACACGUCUCUCACAAAUCAGAUGUCUACAGCUACGGCAUGCUUGUUCUUGAGAUGGUUGGAGUGAGAAACAAUGUUAACAUGAGGCAAACUAGUGAAGUAUACUUUCCAAAUUGGAUCUAUGAACAUCUCGAGCUGGGUAAGGACCUAAGUCUACAAGGUAUCAUGAACGAAGAAGAUGAAGAAUUAGCAAGGAAGAUGAUUUUAGUGGGCUUGUGGUGCAUUCAGACCAAGCCGUCAGAUCGACCAGCAAUAGAGAAGGCAGUUGAAAUGCUGGAGGGAAGCCUUCACUCCCUACAAGUUCCACCAAAACCUGUUUUGGUUUCUCCAACAAGAUCCAUCCUAGAGUCAUUUACAUCAACAUCCACAACGACCUCGGAAUGGAGGUUCGUUUCUGGAGCCAAUAUCGCUUCCGAGUUAAAAACAAUUGAUGCAAAUUUGUAA